ACAUGGCAACUGCCAACGACAGCGUUUCCACGGACGUAGAGAUAACGAACACAUCGGGUUUACAUCACACACAAUCAGCUGUAGCUACAGCUCAAAGUGGAGCCUCUUUGGGGUUGACACAUCAUGAAGAAGAAGGACGAACAUCCGCUCUUAAACUAACGUGGACAUUUGGGCUAAACAAAUCUGUUGCCGUUCACAACAUAUCAGACAGCAACAGGAAGAUGAUCUUUUAUGUAGCAGCUCAUACUGGAAUUCUAUAUGAUUACACAGAAAACAGAGAAAGUCUUUUGCAGGGACAUAGCAGCAUUAUCACUUGUACGUGCGUCAGUGGCAACAAACGAUGGCUGGCUACAGCAGACCAAGGCAAUGACUCGAUGGUUAUCAUUUGGGACUCUUACACAGGUAUUCCUGUUCAGACAUUGUUUUCACCUCAUCAUGGAGGAGUAGCAGCGAUGACAAUGGCUCGUGAUGCAAAACUGUUAGCUACUAUUGGAGCAGUCUUUCCUCAAGCAUUGUCUGUUUGGGACUGGUUGUCUAGUGAUCAGCCUCUCUACACUGUGGUUGUUAGUCCAGAUUAUGGUCUACAAAUGCAUGUGUCAUUUUGUGAUGACGACAAUCAUCUUUUAAUAUCAAACAGCACUCAUCAAGUCAUCUUUUAUUCAUCAGAGUCUGGCAGUUUGCAAUACUGUGCUCCUGUGUUGGAUGAUAAGACAUUCAACAAAGUUGUUGGUACAUUCUCUCAAUCUGUCUUCGUUCCUUCUACAACACGAGCAAUGACAGCAACCAGCAUUGGAAAUGUAGUAGUAUGGGACCAUGCUCGACCAGAAGGACCUGGUGCUCCUGCAGUGACUGGAAAUCCAAUGAUGAAGAGACCACUGAAGAUGAUUCAUCUUCAACAGUCAUCUAUUACUGUUAUGACUCUCAUUGAUGACAAUGUUGUUACCGGUGACUCUGAUGGUCAUGUGAAAUUUUAUGAUGGCAAAAUGCGUCUGAAGAAUUGGUGGGAUGACUUGAACUCUGGACCGGUAGCUGCUAUAUCAUUUGCAUGCAGUACUAAAUCUGACAUUUUGGAUGGAUCUAAUUAUCCCAGUAGUGCUACAAUCAAAGCCAAGCCAUUUGUUACUCCAGACUUUACUGUUGCCACAAGUGAUGCCACGAUUCUCAAUGUAACAGUGGAUGGAAACAAGAAACAUCUUAUUCACCAUGAACACUCUAGAGAUAUUCAUGCCCUUGCAGCGUAUCCUUUCAAGCCGUGGUUAUUGAUUGGAAGCUAUUCUGGUUUACUCAAACUGUGGGAUUAUGACAAAAAAGUUGUUCUGGCAACAAGGCAGUUUGAAAAGCAUCAGUGUGUUCAAUGUGUUACAUUUGACCAGAAGGGAAAGUUUGUUGCUGUUGGGUUCACCAAUGGAACACUUCAAGUUGUGAACUUUCUUACAUUGGAAGAUGAAUGUCUUCCUUUUAAAUUUUCUAGAGACUGCAUUACCCAUGUCUCAUUUUCCUAUGAUUGCAAGUAUCUUGCUACAGCUGACAUUGAUUUAUGUGUGACUGUAUUUAAGGCCACUUCAGAUCAAGACCAACCACCUUAUCAAUAUGUUGGCAAACAUAGGGCUCAUUACAAGCAAAUUCGAGGAAUUCUGUUUGGCAAUUCACUUGACACAGAUGAACCAAUACUGAUGUCGGUUGGAGAAGACAGGCUGCUGGUCGUGUAUGAUCUCGUCAAUAGUUCUGAGAACGAUCUUCGUUUAUUGAGUUCUGAUCGAAUCGAGCAGAGUGCUGUGUCUAACUGUAUUGAUUGGUAUCCAUCAGUGACAAAAGAGACAUUUCUUGUGACAGCAAACAACCAGUUUAAGUUCAAACUUUACAAUUCUACUACAAAGAUGUGUCGAAAGACAGUCUUGGCACCCACUUACAGCACACCUAUACAAAGAAUGGCAGUAUUGCCUUCAACUAAGAAGGAAAUUCCAGGGGAAGAAACUAGGAGAUAUCUCAUGUUCAUAACAAAGAACCAGGUUGGUUUGUGUCUCAUUCCAUUAGAUGGAAAUCCAUUUGGCAAUAUGGCACUGACUGCUCAUCCUGGACAGGUGACAAAUGUUGUCCACUCACAUGAUGGAAAGAUUUUGUUUACGUGUGGUGGCUCUGAUGCUGCUGUGAAUAUGUGGAUUGUCAAUACUGAUGCUCUUGAGGCAGGAGCUCUUCUUGGUGGUGAAGGUUUGGUUCCUUUUUAUAGUCUUUUGGAUGGAGGACAAGAUGGAGAGCUUUUUGCUGAAAUGGAGGACUAUUUCUAUUAUGCACAACUGAGACAUCAAGGUAUUGACAGCAUGGAAACGAGACAAGUGUCUGAUAAAGUCCCAUUGGAAGAAGUUCCAAAUAUCAUGAGAGCACUUGGCUUUUUUCCGUCUGAGCAAGAGAUAGAGGACAUGCAGAACGAGGUGAAGUUUAGUCGAUAUGUAUCAACAGGGCAAUACACGACUGAACUAGAUCUUGGGGAUAUAAUUCAACUGUAUGUCAAUCACCGUCCUACAUUUGGUGUUAACUUUACACGAUUACAUCAAGCAUUUGAUGUACUCGGUCAGAGAAAGGCGGAUACUCUGGUACUGGAUCGUGGGCGUUUGUUAAAUUUGCUACAAAGUAAAGGGGAACACAUAACUGAAGCAGAGUUAGCUGACUGUUUAGGCGCAUUGCUUGGCUACACUGCAGAUGGUGUUGAUGUUGAACCACCAGAAGCAGUCGUACAGUUGGAAGAACAACUGCCAGAAGAUAUAACAACACAACUAUUUGCAGAGAAUGUGCUAGGAUUUCCAUGUUCAUCUUUAACAUAGUCUGAGGUUGAUGUUUCAAGAAAUUGAACAUAGUAAAUUGCAGGAGGAACUAGAGUAGGUAUAGGCACACAAACAUGGAUGGUAAUAUAGGUAUACUUGUGAUCUAUUGUUUCUUCAUGGCUGCUAGGCACUUUUUACCAUUAUACUGUAAACUAGGAAGGUA